AUGUUUGCGACCUUUCGUUUCGCGCGUCGAGGCUGGGAGGAGUGUCACCAAAGAGCGCUGCAACUCUACAGCGAUGCAGGUGUUCCUGCUUGGGCCUUGGACGAGCUCAAGACGGGCUUGUUGGAAGCCUAUGCGCAGUCAGCUGUGCUCUUUUACGACCCCGCGGACCCCUCCGCGCCCGCGGCCGAGCCGAGCUCCAGUUCUGGGUACAGCGUCUCAGAUGCGCCCGCAGUGGGUGUAAUUUUUCCACCUCCCAGUGUGGCUGUGUAUUGCAAGAGUCCACUGCGAAGCGAGGGCGCCAACGUUGACGUGCAUGUCAUCAGCUUUAGUUCCUCCUUCUUGGACCUGAGUCACCCAGAGAACCAAGACUUCUUGCCCAUGAGUGCUGAGAAGUGGAAGGUGGUGACCCGCAAAAUCCAGUGGCUUUGCGGCACCAUCUUCUCCUGUGCGUCCCAACGUCGCCUCGAUCAAGUGUCUUGGGACCUCACCAGCGCAGGGGCAGCGGCCGAGUCGGACGACGCGGCGGCGUUGCGGCAAGUGGUGAAGGCAACGGUGAAGGAGAUGGAGUACCUCUUCCAGGUGGACCUGGCAGCCCCUUCGACGCUGAAGGACGCCAUCGAAGGAGCCUCUUAUUCCUUGUUGGUGACCUCCGAUGGCUCAGGUGAUCCCUGUGGCCUACGUGAGUGCAGUGCCCUGCCGCUGCUGUGCUCGCCAAGCAUCAACCCACACCUAAGUCAGGUGCCAGUAGAGGCAUUGAAGAUCAACGAGCCCAAGAAGUGGAAACCAUCCGCUCCUGUGGAGGCCGACUUGCUCGGAACGUCCGGCGCAGUGCCAGUGCCACCCCAGGCGGAUUUACUGGAGGUUCAGGCGGUGCCGGCCGUGAACCCGGUCGACGUGAGCAAGGAGCAACUCCCGCCCGUGCAGCCCGCGCAGGCGGCACAGGCAGAGACCAGCGACCUGCUGGGCAACCUGACCACCGACAACCUUCCGUCCACCAUCGGGAGUGCGCCGCCCGUGUCAGUGCCCAAUGGUGGAGUUGGUUGUCUUGGCAGGUGGCAUCCAUCAGCGAUGAGCUGGAUUGGCUGGACGACGUGUCGGGUCCCACCGUGCUGGACACGACGGCACCGGACACGGGAUCAGCAGGCGAGUCUGGGCGAAACUCGACUUCCGAGGCAGACUUCGAUGAGCUUUGGGACUCCAUGA